AUGGAGCAAAUGCAUUCAUUGGAAUCAAGUUUACCUCCAGAGCAACCUCCUACAAAGCAAGCGAUUGAGAGUCUUAAUUUGGAACUUUCUCAAGAGUUCAAGCUAGCCGCCAAUGCGGUGACAAGACUUUACCGGGUGGCUAAUGAGAAAAACUCUUUAACCAAACAUCAGGGCUACCUCACCUGUUUGGAUGAUAUACUAUGUGCAUUGGACUCAAAUGUGACUGCUGACGAGUUAAGGGCUUGGUGCUAUAAACGAAGAAAUGAUAUCCUUUCAAACUCGCAGGAUAAAUCUUUAAAUCCGGUGAAAGAAAGGGAAAGAAAGCUUAAUAAGUUCAGUGAAAACCAACACCGCGAAAAUGAAGCUCAUAAGGAACCUUUUGAAAAAGACAGCGCAGUCAAGUAUAAUUUCAGUUUCAACGAAUCAAAUGGGGACCUCUCAAAUAUUAAUGAAAAUAUAGCACCUAAAUUUAGACUUUCUAUGCCGCCUUUAAGUGUCGAACAUCCUCCUAGGAAUGCUAGUCGUAUAAAAUCCUGGAAAGCACGAACAAUCAAUCACGGAAGAGGGGACACGAGAAACCUAAAUGACAUAACGGGACUUGGACAUGAGCGUGAGCGUGAUCGUGAAAAUACACAUUAUGAAAAAAAACCGAAAUUGGAUUCUGAUUCAGAAGUAGACAUAAGGAGUUUCCGCCAGGAUAUGGACCUGUAA